AUGGCCUCCCCCACCGCGGCCAAAGAGCCCCAGCCGGCCAUGGAUUUCCUCCAUCACCCUUACACCCGCGCUGCUCUUCCCUUCGUGAACGGUGGCCUCGCUGGCAUGACCGCCACGGUCGUGAUCCAGCCCAUCGACAUGAUCAAAGUCCGUCUGCAGCUCGCCGGUGAAGGUGUGCGCACCGGUCCUCGCCCAUCUGCCUUUGGCGUGGCCCGCGACAUUAUUGCCUCAGGCAAGGCCCUCGAUCUGUACACCGGUCUGUCAGCUGGACUUCUACGCCAGGCCGUCUACACCACCGCCCGCUUGGGAUUCUUCGACACCUUCAGCAAGACUCUCAACAAGCGUGCCGAAGCCGCCAACCGCAGCGUCACCUUCGCCGAACGUGCCGGAGCCGGUCUCGCUGCCGGAGGUAUUGCCGCCAUGAUUGGCAACCCGGCCGAUCUGGCGCUGGUGCGCAUGCAGUCCGACGGUCUCAAGCCUCCCGAGGCGCGGGCCAACUACCGCUCCGUCAUGGACGCGCUCUUCCGCAUCUCCAAGCACGAAGGUGUCCCGGCUCUGUGGGCGGGUGCUUUUCCCACCGUCAUCCGUGCCAUGGCACUCAACGUCGGCCAGUUGACCUUCUUUGCCGAGUCCAAGGCGCAGCUGAAGAAGCAUACUAGCCUGUCGACUCAGAACCAGACCUUUGCCGCGUCCGCUAUUGCGGGAUUCUUCGCCAGCUUCCUCUCCCUGCCUUUCGACUUUGUCAAGACCCGUCUGCAGAAGCAGCAGAAGGAUCCUAAGACCGGUCAACUUCCCUACAAGGGCGUCUUGGAUUGCGCGCGCAAGGUCGUCCAGGAGGAGGGCUGGUUGCGGUUCUACCGCGGCUUCGGAACGUACUAUGUGCGGAUCGCUCCUCAUGCGAUGGUGACGCUUAUCGUGGCCGAUUAUCUGAACUUGAUUACCAAGUAG